GUCAUCGAGCGCUUGAAGCAAGAACAGUACCAUUACACAACAUAUGCGUUCCGCCCUCCACGAUGCCGGAUACAUCAUCUACAUCUCUGCGAUAUGUCUGCCGGAUACUUUCCAAAACGGGAGAAGGUCGGUCUUGAGGACCUUUUCAAAGGCCUAGUCACUGCCUGUCACAUCCUCCACCACAAUGGUAUCUUCGAUGCUUAUGGCCAUAUCUCUGUCCGGUCGCCCGACAAUCCCGCGACGUUCUGGAUGCCUUGCAAUAUGCCGCCAGCGUUGGUCAGUUCGCAGGACGAUCUGGUCGAAUACAACGUCGAUGGCGCCGAAGCAGUCGAGAAGGACGUGAAGCCAGGUUAUCUAGAGCGACACGUCCACAGCGAGAUAUACAAGAGGUUUCCGGCCAUCAACAGUGUGGUGCAUAGCCAUGCUGGCGAUGUUUUGCCGUACUGUGUUAGCGGUGUGCCUCUAAAGAACACAAUACACAUGGCUGGCUUCUUGGGUACCAAUGUGCCAGUCUGGGAUGCCUCGAGCAGCUACCCUUCCGGUUCGAAGCACGAUCUGCUCGUUCGCGACAGCACGCUCGGCGCCUCUCUUGCAGCUGCAUUCAAACCAGCCACUUCGACUGGCUUCAUAUACUCUAAAGUACGCUCCGCUUUACCCUCGCAGCUCGGUGGUUCAUCUGCAGAGCCAAAAAUGGAACCCGAUCACGCUGUCGUCCUGCUACAAGGCCAUGGCUUCACAACCGUCGCGCAUGGCAUCGAGGAAGCUGUCUACCAAGCAAUAUAUACGAAAGAGGCAGCCAAGGCACAGACUACCGCUAUGACGGUCCUGAAUGCGCAUACAGGGUAUGCACUCGAGGGCAAGGUCGACGUUGAAGCCGGUGGCAAAAUCAAGUCGGGACACGCGAAGGUUGAGGGCGGCAAUCUAAAAUACCUGAGCGACAGGGAAUGCCAUGAUGCCUGGGAGUCACUUUCAGGCACUUUGACCAGACCUUGGGCGCUCUGGUGCCGACAAGUGGAAGUUGACCCGUUGUAUAGGAAUGAAUGCUUAGGCGGCGAUGAUUGAGCGAUCAUGGAACGACCAAAUUGUAUGACUGCUUUCGACAGUGUCACAGUUAGUAAUACUUUCCCCUUCUCUCUUAUUGUUCACGAGUGGCUCGUCUCCUGUGAAGGCUAGGCUCUCCACAAACCUUAUGCCGUAGAAUCUUAGCCCUCCCAAUUUGCGGGCAAUUUGCCGCGACACCCCUCUUAUUAAAAUUUCCAUCUCAACAUGAAACUUUUUUACCACGCUUCUAGCCGGUAAUUUCUGACAUUUCUUACCAUGUCAAUAGCAG